GAGCUGUCAUCCCUCCGUCGUGCACCGCCACGGAAUCGCGAAAGUUUGCAAACAUCGGUGAAGAGAGCGCACGCAGCAGCAGAAGUAGAAAAGUGAAAUUUCGCAUCCAAUUUUCACCGUAAAUAAGGCAAACCUCGCACAAUGGCCGACGUGCUCGACAUCUACAACCACGAAGAGUUCGAAGUGGACGAAGACGGAGACCAGGGAAUCGCCCGGCUCAAGGAGAAAGCUCGCAAGCGAAAGGGACGCGGAUUCGGCAACGAAAGCAUCCCGCGUGAGGCGAUCGACUACGAACGGCUGCAGGACGACGAGGAGGAGGCCGAACCCGGCCCGCAGCGUUCCGUCGAGGGGUGGAUCCUGUUCGUGACAUCGAUUCACGAGGAAGCCCAGGAGGACGACAUACAGGAGAAAUUUUGUGAGUUUGGUGACAUCAAGAACAUCCACCUGAAUUUGGAUCGCCGGACCGGUUUCCUGAAGGGGUACGCUCUGGUUGAGUAUGAAACGUACAAGCAAGCGCUCGCUGCCAAGGAAGCACUAAAUGGAUCUGACAUUCUGGGACAAACCAUCGCCGUCGAUUGGUGCUUCGUAAAGGGCCCCAAGAAGCUAAAGAAAUCGUCUGGGGAACGCCGGCGAAGAUAGGUUUAAUUGGACGGCGAUUCAUAUUCAAUUUUCUUAAUUUAAUAAUCCAAACUCAAAUGUAAUGUGUAUUGAAACAGGAGACGUGUAAUAAAUUGAGUAUUACAUUCUAAUACUUCAAA